CGCACAAUUGCCACGCCCGCUCCAGUUUGAGCGUCAGUGCCAUGACAACAAGACGAUGGCUUCAAGAGAGGAAAUGUAAUUUUUGCCACCGCGAGGCGUAAUAAACCCGCGGGUUCGUCGGAGGCGUCGGUGAAGGAAAGAUGUCUCUGUUCAAGGCGCGGGAUUGGUGGUCGGCAGCCCUCGGCGAAGGUGAAGAGUUUGACCAGGGAUGCAUGUGCGUUGGAGAUGUGGAUAACAGCGGCACGGGACACGACAAGGUGGUGGUGGGGAGCUACAUGGGAAUGCUGCGGAUCUUCUCCCCUCAGCCCCCCAAAGCCACCGAGGGGGCGCAAGGCUUGGCCGAUGCGCAGCUUCUUGAGGUCCACCUCCAGAAUGCCAUCAUCCAGGUGGAGCUGGGGAAGUUUGUCUCAUGUUCAGAUCUUCUCCACCUGUCUGUCCUUCACCCCAGGAGGCUGUCUGUCUUCUCCGUUCUUGGCACGGCGGGCAACGUGGAGCACGGCGACCAGUACCAGAUCAAACUGGUCUACGAGCACAACCUGCAGAGGACCGCCUGCAACAUGACAUACGGAACCUUUGGAGGGGUCACGGGUCACCACUCGCUGUGCAUCCAGUCCAUGGACGGCAUGCUGAUGUUUUUCGAGCAGGACAGCUACUCCUUCGGAAGGUUCCUUCCGGGCUUCCUGCUUCCCGGCCCGCUGGCCUACAACCCGCGGACGGACAGCUUCCUCACCGUGUCCUCGGCCCGCCAGCUGGAGAGCUACAAGUACGAGACUCUGGCCGUGGCCACGGAGGCCGAAAGCCGUCAGGACCCCGACCAGCCCCUCAAAAGCGGCGGCAAGAGGCUGACUCCCGACUGGACGUUGGUUCUGGGCGAGCAGGCCCUGGACAUCUCCGUGCCCUCCUUCUCCCACUCGUCCUCCUUCAUCUUCAUCCUGGGCGAGCGUAACCUCUACUGCCUGCGCGACAACGAACAAAUCCACUUCAUGAAGAAGCUGGAGUUCAACCCCAGCUGCUUCCUGCCGUACGCCUCGCUGACCGAUGGCACCACCAACCUGUUGCUAGGCAACCACACCAACAUGCUGCUGGUGUACCAGGACGUCACGCUCAAGUGGGCCGCCCAGCUCGAUUUUGUGCCGGUGGCGCUCCGCGUCGCCAACUUCCCUGAUCUGAAAGGCGCCGUGGUGAGCCUGAGCUGGGACGGCCACCUGCUCUGCUCCUACAUGGGCACCGACCCGUCCUUCUUCACCACGCCCAAGGUGGACUCCCGCGAGGUGGACUACGAGCAGGCCGACGCCGAGAUGAGAAGGCUGCACAAGUUCAUCAGGGAGGCCAGCAGGACUCAGGACAUUCUGCCUAAAGGUGAAAAUGAGGAGGACGCGACGGUGACCGCGUGCGUGUCUCCUCACAUGGAUAUGCCGUCGCGAGCUCUGAUCCAAGACAUGGACGACCUUCCCGUUCCUUCGGUGACGGUAAAGGUGACGGUAAAGGCCAGCAGCGCGUUGACCUCGGCCAGGCUGACCGUCGCCGUUCAGACGCCGCUCGCCGUCACUCAGGACCAGUUUGUCUUGGAACCUCUUGGAGUGGGCUCGUCCACCGCUAUGGUCUUUUCGGUUUUCCUCAACGGCCUCUACCCGCCUGCUGACCUGGGCGGAGACCUCACCUUGUCCUACAGCUCGCCCACAGAGUUCAACCCCAAAGGAGUCCCUCACAUCAUCCAGCGCCAGUUCAACCUUCCUCUGGCCCUCGUCUGCACGGCGACAUCUGCCAGCAAGAGCAGCGUCUUCAAAAUCACCGUGGACACCAACCAGCCGCCCGUGGAACUGGCUACCAUCUUUCCCGAGUUUGCGGCCCAGUCGGAAGAUAACGAGGGAAACAGUUUGGCUUUCCGCUUCUUGCCCGGCGGCGGCCUGGUGACCGUGUUGGCCUCCAAGACCUCCCAGCGCUAUCGCAUCCAGAGCGACGCUUUUGAGGACAUGUGGCUAGUGACCAAGGAGCUUCUCCACAGAGUCGACGAUCAUUUCUCCAAGAUGGGAGUCGACGACUUCAAGAAGAGCUUCAGUGGACCGCUGCCCCUCAAGGACUACUUCCUGUCUGUAGACCACCACUUUGAGCUUCGCGUCAGCGCUCAGAAGUACCAGGACCUCCUGUCCGAGCGGGCCGCCCAGUUCCGAGCCAUUCAACGGCGCCUUCUGACCCGCUUUAAAGACAAAACGCCGGCGCCGCUGCAGAACCUCGACACCCUGCUAGACGCCACGUACACACAGGUGAUGACUCUGGCGGAGGCGGCGGAGGAGAACGCCUGUCAGCUGGAAGAGGCCUUUGUGCGCCUGAGGAGCUCCACGCAGCUCCUGGUGCUGCUGCUGUCACUGUGGCAGGGCCUCACACCCGAGCAGAGCAACAUCUUGGAGGCCACCAUGCUGCCGCUGCUGCACGACACGCCGCAACUGGGCUGGGAGGAGAGUUGCGACGCGGCCGUGUCCCACCUCCUGAGGACGUGUCUGUCCCGUAGUCCCAAAGACCAGGCCACCACGCUGGCCCAGGCCGGCGGGCCGGUGCUGGGCCUGCCCCGAGACACGGAGCGCCUCAAGAAGCACAUCACGCUGCUGUGUGAACGCCUGGCCAAAGGGGGGCGCCUCACGCUGGCCUCCGAAGCCAACGCCCAAGUCCCCGCCCAGGUCCAGAACCUGGCGGCCCCGGGCUGCGCGGAGUCCAUCGCGGAGCUGGCGGGAGACGAGACGGAGGAACCUCAGGACGCCACCAAGUUUAUCAAGAAGAAACAACCUUCCAAGAAAAUCAAGAAAGAUAAAGACAAGAAAGUCUCCAGCGAGCCAUCAGAGGGCGCCGUCAGAGAAGAGCCGGUGGUGGCGGACCAGGUGAAGAAGAAGGAGUCCUCCAAGGAGAAGAAGGAAACCAGGAAGGAGUCAAGCAAGGAGGUCAAAAAGGAGUCGUCGUCUUCCAAGGAGAGGAAAGAGCGAGACAAGGAGGCCGCCGGCAAAGAGACAGGAGACAAAAAAGUAUCCAAAAAGACAUCUGCGAGCAAAGUUAAAGAGAAGAAAAAGGACCCAGAAGCUGGAGAGGCCUGAGUAUGAGGUUUGACCCCUGAACCCCCUUUCCUAACCAGAACUGACGAAGGACUCACACCUGAGAUACACAAUAUCAUGGAAGUAAUCGUUAGCAUUUGUAUCGUAGAUUUUAUAUCGACCAAAAGUGUCCACCUUCCACCAGGAAACACUUUAUUUGAAUAAUGUGAGCUCAGGGUAAAAAGUGGCACCUACGGCAACAGCUAGCAUGUUAGCAUUCAUGUCGUCAAUGAAAGCCAAAAAUAAGAAGGCGUGGCAUGGCAGGCUCUUUGUAACAUAGGCAACGUUUUUUUUUUUUACGUCCUUGUAGAUAGAAAAGAACAUGAAAUAGAAAACACAAUAAAAGUCCAUUAAGACA